AUGGCAAUGCCGACCUCGGUCGAGUGUUCACGCCCCACCACCACCGCCACCGCCGCCGCCGACGAAGGCGGCUCCGCCUCCUGCAAGAUGAAUAAGAAGCGGCGACGAAGACGGUGCUUUUCUGUGUCUCUAGAGCAGCAGGCCGUGCCGGCCCCGCCGCCGUCGUCCGCCGUCCGCCCCGCCCACGCCGACCCCGGAACCUUGGCGGCAGCCGCUGGGCGGGUGGCGGCGCCAGCACCGGUCACGACAACAACGCCGCCGGCUAGCGGCGACAGGGUUUCAGGCGCGUUCGGGGGGCGGCGUUCUUCUUCUUUCCGGUCGGCCGGGUGUCGGCGACCGCAGCACGAUCACACCGCCGGAGCAGCGGCAGCGUUAGCAGCGGCAGCGGGCGUGCUGGGAAGGGCGGCGACGUCGUUUGCGGCGGCGGGCGUGCUGGCAGCGGCGGCGGUGGCCUCCGCGCCCGUGGGCGUCGGGGCGCUCGUGACGGAUAGCCAGUGCAAGGUGGCGACCCUUCGGGGGACGGAGGCCGACCUGGGGGACUCGCCUAGGCUGGACACGUCGACGGAGGCUGCGGCCGCGGGGGUCGACCAAGCCAUCGUUGCCACGAAUGCGACGUACGAUAGGAUGGUGUUGGACCAGCUGCAGAUCACCAUCCUGGAGGAAGGCCGCGACGUCAAGUUUCGGAACCUGUGGUCGGAUCAUGUCUGGAAAAACACGGCACGGAUGACCUUCCCGGGAGCCGACGUGCUGGUUCUCUUGGAGGAGGGCUCUCCGGCGGAGUUCAUCUGCAUGAACGAGCACUACGGCCUGUCCUUCGAGAAGGGAGAGGCGGGCGAAACCUACGCGGACGGCGAGCUUACCUCCGACAAGGUGCUGAACUGGAGCUUGCUAGGCGCCGACUACCUGGCCCUGGACGGCGUAAGCUCCUUCACCCCCACGGAAGCUUCGACGCUGCCGUCAACCACCUUCCUUGCGGCUGCACGCGAGCCGGAUGUGAGCGAGGAGCUCACCCCGGACUUUCAUUAUUUCCUAGCAGAACCCGCCGAAGACAUGGACCCGUCCGCCUGCCCGGAGCCCUGCUCCGAGCAAGUCGUGACGUACUACUGGUCCUCGACCGCGGGCACGGUGUACCAGCUGGACAUGGCGGACGUUUCUGCGGAGCCCCCUCCGUGCUGGCUGGGCCUCUUCCAGGCCGUGGCGGACGGGCCCCCCGCGGAAGGCGUCGACCCUGCGGUGUGGGAGGCGACGGUAACCUGCACGGCAGGGCUCCUCCAGGCGGUGGAGGAAUCCAUGAAGGGACGGUGGCUCAGGAAGAUUAGGACCACCGACGAGGCCUGGGGGGAAGAGCUGGACGGCAACGGCAAGGGGAAGGCCCCCCGCCCGCCCACGGGCAAGUUUAAGCUAGGGAUCGACGGCGGUGUAGCGGUGGCGGCUUCGCGCGCGCCUUCGGCCGUGGCGGCGGGCGCGGAUAGGCUCAAGGCGUCCCACGCCCCCCAGCGGGUGUUCACGGACGUGAGCAUCGAUGAGGGAGAGGCACCGGCGGGGGGGAUGGCAGCGACGACGGAGAGGAAGCAGCAGCGGGUGGUUGGCAUGGUGACGGUGGACGAAGAGCUAGGAGGGAACGAAGGGGGGGAGGACAUGGUCUAUCCCAUGUGAUUUGUGGUUGUGACGUCUCUCUUUUAACAGCAGUUUUAUUGUUAGUUUGUCGUUUUUGGUACCCCGUACAGUACUCCUUAUGCAGAGCGAACGGAUGACUUUUCCCUACGUUGGUGUGGUAUGUGUUGCGAGUUUUUUCAGACUGGCAGGGGGAGCUAGAGAGGAUAAGGAUAGGGGACAAACGAAAACAGCACUUGCGGUUCUCCCGUUUGGGAGCAACCAGCAGCAGCAAUGCCUACGGUGUGUAGAUGUGUUCCGAAGCCCAACCAGCAGCAGUAAUUCCUACGGUGUGUAUCUUUGCUUACGACGUUACGACGUCGUCAUCCUUCCCGCACCUUUCCCAAAUUCCAUGCGCUACGUCAUCCUUGUUCGAAAACCCGUACAUGACACGUUGUUUGACUCCUUUUGUUGUUCGAUGACUUCCAGCACCUUUCCCAAAUACAACGGGCUACGCUACCCUGGUUCGAAAACCCUACAUACAUGUUGUUUGACUCUCUUUGUUAUUCUAUGCAGGAGCAUAGUAGUUGUGCGGACGGGGGGAGGAGUGGGACGAGGUCCGAAAGUUUCUGGCUUGGGGGGGGGGGUACCUCUCCGUCGUGUUGUGGAAGGGCGAAGUUUUUGCCCGACGAGUUUGAUUAGUGUCUGGCUGCCUCGAACGAGAGAGGCACGUCGGGUGGGGGUGAAAUCCACUCUUUUUUAAUUUCUUGGUGUGUGGUAUUGUUCUUCUGAAACCCAUGCAAACAAGCACCCGUUGCGGGAGCUCAGUAUUUUAGCGUUGGAAUGUACGGUUGUGAUAUGGCAAGCGCUGACUGUCGUCGGAUUCGACGGACAUGUUCGUGCAUGUUGCGCAUGUCGCGUGAGCUAAGUAGAGAGACAUGGUAUUCUUCUCUUCCUUGGAGCAUAGUAGAAUACGAAGUAUAUAUAUUGUUCAGUCCUUGUUUGAUGGGUGGGUGUUUUCAUGCACAUUUCGGUCAUUUACACGCAAGACACGUGCGUGCUUCCAUUCUGCCGUGUAUUGUUUUUUAUUUCAAGGAUGGAGGCUUUUUUUUUCCUUCUUGUCGCUGUCAGGCGUCACGCAAUGGAUGGCAGGCAUACAGCAAUCAUCCACUUUCCAGGGUCCUGGAUUUUGUCAUCUUUGUACUGUCGAGUAUCAUGGUUAUUGUUGCAUGUGUCCUGUCUUCUCUUGCGUGCAAUGUACAGCAGUAGGCGUCACGAACGGCCGGCGCCUGAAAUUCAGGGUUUGUCGUUGUCAUGACGCGCCGUUUCCUCCUCCUGCAGGAACUGCUUCCUUUUCGUCCUCCCUUGUGGGUUGUUUCAUGUUGAGUGGUCUCGUCGUGGGUCUAUUCCGCAGAUACAUUUAGCUUUGACUCUCUUUGUCUCGUUGUCUGUUGUUGAAACCAAACUGUUACAUAUCACCUUGUUGCGGCGACAAACAGGCUGUGUCGCGUCAGGUGCACAAGGAUGUUUCACGUCGUCUUUGUAGAGUUGUGUCGCUCGCGUGCUGUGUGAGUCAUGUUUCUAAAAAAGUGGUGAGGUCGUGCCCGGUUUGGUCGUCUCAUUUCUGAACUCGAGGUGUGGAUACAUGUGGAUUUGGGGGCGGAAGCAGAGUCUGUUGGGGCCUGAAAGUUGGGUUUUGAUACCACGUUUGUCCAUGUCACACAUAUGUGUGGAACGCCUUGUAUUGUCUUGUAUCUUAUGCGUAUGGGAAGCCGUUCCUGUCGUAGCUUAGCCUCUUGCCCCUACGCGAACGUUGCUAAAUUGUCACACAUGUGUUGUUUCGAGUCUUGUGCAUAUCCUAUGCAUAUAAUUUCUCUUCCUGGCUUAGCCGAGCCUGUCUAGCGUAACCUCUGUGACCACAGGUGACCUCGUGAAUCGCUAUAUAAUUGAUGGGAAGAAUGGACCUUUAUCCUGAGCACCGUGUGUGGAAGUAUCUACUCUUCCGUUGGUGAGUCAGGGUCCGACUCAGGCACAGGAACAGGCUCAGGCUCAGGCUCAGACUCAGGCUCAGGCUCAAAAGAAUUGCAUUACACGC